AUGAAGUCUAAGGAAUACCACAAUCGUGGAAAAACGAGGGCAGCUUAUAAAAAACUGCUAGAAAAGCUGAAAGAACUAAACCCCACUGCCAAUAAAGAUGCAGUUGUAAAAAAAAAUAAUAAUUUACGAAGCAAUGUGAGAAAAGAAAAAAAGAAAUAUGAAGACUCUAUUAAGCCUGGGGCAUCAGCUGACGAAGUUCACCAUCCUAAGUUGUGGUACUAUCAUCUAUUUGACUUUCUUGGUGACCAAGAAACGCCAAGAAAGUCAAUCUCGAACUUGGAUCAAGAUGAAGAAUAUUUCUCAGAGCCUGCAUCUAUACAAGAAACACAACAUUUGAAUGUUGCUGGUGACGCGGAUUUUUCUGCCCAUGAAGAAACGUCGACAUCAAACAACGCCAGUUUGCUAACCGAAGAUGAAAACGUUCCAUGUUUAUCAAGGAAAAUUAACACUUCUGGAUCAAGACCUGGCAAACAAAACCGCGAAUCUUUGACCAAUGAUGUUGUGUACAAGAACAUGUCAAGCGUCCACGUAUAG